AUGUGGACAACCAACUCCGGCCUCCGGGGCAAGAAGCUCCACUGGGCCAUCACCCUCACCUCCGUCGUCGGUUUCUCCCUGUUCGGUUAUGAUCAGGGUCUGAUGUCCGGUAUUCUACAAGGUACAGCUUUCAUCGGCGAGUUCCCUGUCCUCGAUAAAAGCAUUCCUGGCAAUUCUGCCUCGCAUGUCUCCGUCCUACAGGGUGCCCUCAACUCCUGCUACGAACUCGGCUGUUUCUUCGGCGCUAUCUUCACUCUCUGCUUCGGUCAGCGCAUUGGCCGUACCCCUUUGCUAGUCGCUGGUGGUACUCUCAUGGUGAUUGGUACUGUCCUCUCCACAGCUUCCUAUGGCCAUUCCUGGGGUCUGGGUCAAUUUGUGAUCGGUCGUGUGGUCUCCGGUCUAGGAAACGGCAUGGAUACCGCCACUAUCCCCGUCUGGCAGUCGGAAUGUUCUAGGGCCCACAACCGUGGCUUCCUCGUCUGCUUCGAGGGUGCUAUCAUUGCAGUUGGUACCUUUAUUGCCUACUGGAUCGAUUUCGGGUUUUCCUUCACCAACUCCUCUGUCCAGUGGCGAUUCCCCGUCGCCUUCCAGAUUCUAUUCGCUGGCGGCGUUAUUGUCGGUGCUCUUAUGCUACCCGAGUCUCCUCGAUGGUUUAUUAUGCAGGGCAAAGAUAAGGAGGCUCUCCAAGUCAUGGCUUGCCUUAAUGAUAGCACCGAGGACGCCGAGGACGUCCUUCGUGAUUUUAACCUAAUAAAGGCUGAUAUGAGGGCUGUUGAAUCCCAACAGUCGAACAGCUGGAAGACCCUGUUUACCUUUGGGAAAACCCAAGAGUUCCAGCGUAUGAUGAUAGGUUGCUCCGGCCAGUUCUUCCAGCAAUUUACUGGCUGUAACGCAGCUAUCUACUACUCUACCCUCCUUUUCGAGAAUAACCUUAAAAUGGAGCAUCAGAUGGCUAUGAUUAUCGGCGGUGUUUUCUCCACUGUCUACGCUCUCGCUACUAUCCCCUCCUUCUUCAUGAUUGAAAGAGUCGGUCGCCGUAACUUGUUCUUUAUCGGUUUCCUCGGCCAAGGUCUUAGUUUUAUAAUCACCAUGGGUUGCCUAAUCGACGAGUCAGCCCAAAACGCUAAGGGUGCCGCCGUCGGUAUCUUCCUCUUUAUCUGCUUCUUCGCCUUUACCACGCUGCCUCUACCUUGGAUCUACCCUCCCGAGAUCAAUCCUCUUCGCACCCGUACCAUGGCUGCUUCCGCUUCCACUUGCACCAACUGGAUCAACAACUUCGCUGUUGUCAUGUUCACCCCUGUUUUCUCGAACCGGAGUUCCUGGGGUCUCUAUCUGUUCUUCGCCCUAGUCAAUUUCAGCGCCAUUCCCUUCGCCUACUUCUUCUACGUUGAGACCGCCGGUCGUGAUUUGGAAGAGAUUGAUGUCAUCUUUGCCAAGGCCCACGUCGAUAAGAAGUGGCCCUUCCAAAUCGCCCAGGAGCUGCCUAAGCUCACCGUUGAGCAGAUCACCCAGAUGCAGAUCGACCUUGGCUUGACUACCAGUGACCACCACGCCGCUGAGUCCGAGAAAGUUGAGAUUGCUACUAGCAGCGGCGAUAGCGAGAACAAGCGUGAACUGUAA